AUGAAGGGUCAAAGUGCGAAGGUCGAUAGCAGGAAUGCCCAGCUGAAUUUGACAGAGACCGAAGAGGAGGCAAUUGUUCGAUACAUUAUUGACCUGGAUUCUCGAGGAUUCUCGCCCAGACGUGUGGAUGUGGGAGAUAUGGCCAAUACGCUGCUCCGGAAGCGUGAUGGCCGACCGGUCGGGAAGCGCUGGACGGAACGCUUCGUCCAGCGACGCCUGGAGCUUAAGACGCGAUUUUCUUGCGUUUAUGACUAUCAGAGGGGCCUCUGCGAAGAUCGUAUAAUUAUCGAGCCUUGGUUCCGACUUGUGGCCAAUAUGCGAUCGAAAUGCGGUAUUACGGACGAUGAUUUUUACAACUUUGAUGAGACCGGCUUUAUGAUGGGUAUGAUCCGGCCUGGAAUGGUUGUUACACGUUCCGAUCGGAUUGGGAAGCCAAAAAAAGUUCAGCCUGGUAACCGAGAAUGGGCUACCGCGAUUUGUUGUGUUGCUGGUGAUGGUUACGCGAUGCCGCCUUUUUUGGUGGUUCAGGGUCGCUUCCACCUCGCGAGUUGGUACUCCGAGGCCCAGAUUCCGGACAGCUGGGCAGUCAAAACAACUUCCAAUGGAUGGACCAAUAACGAGACUGCCCUGGAAUGGCUUCGGUAUUUCGAUAAAUACUCAAAACCACGACUGAGAGGCAUAUAUCGGAUGCUAGUCGUCGAUAGCCAUGAAAGCCACGUUAGCAGCGAUUUCGAGGACUAUUGCAAGAAGAACAAAAUUAUAACUAUCUGUCUGCCAGCUCAUUCAUCACAUCUAACACAGCCUCUCGACGUUGGCUGCUAUAGUGUGUUGAAGUUGAGAUAUGGCUCUCAGAUUGAGCACUUCAUCAAGGCCCGGAUUACCCACAUCGCCAAACCCGAGUUCUUUCUCGCAUUCAAGGCCGCAUUCCUUCAAACCUUUACUCAGGAAAACGUCCAUGGGGGUUUUAGAGGGGCUAGGCUUAUUCCCUAUAACCCUCAGACUGUCCUUUCUAAGCUGGAUGUGCAGUUACGGACACCAACAGCCCCGAACACUCCUAACAGGCUACCCAACCCUUGGGUUUCUAAGACGCCUCAAACCACCAACGAGGCUAUUUCUCAGUCUUCACUUAUAAAGGAAAGAAUCUCCAGACAUCAGGGAAGCUCGCCGACUCCAAUUUGUGAAGCUGCCGAUAAACUUGAAAAAGGGAUUCAGUAUAUUGCCCAUGCAGCUGCCCUUAUGGAGGAAGAGCUACGCAAUCUUCGAGAAGCAAAUAUGGCCCUUAAACGAUAG